CGUUCCCCAAUUGUGCCCCUUGUUUACCCUUUUCAUCUGCCGUUUCCUCAGCCCUCUUUCAGGUAUUUCACCUCUCACUUCCCCCCGCCAAUUUCAACCCACUCUUCUUUCAAACUCUUUUGCAGGUUUUCUUCUUUCUUUCCCCCAAUUUGGCUGCUCUUCUCGCUCGAUCCCUUUGAAUUUUGGCCGUUUCAGUAUUUUCAAGUUUGAUGUUUCUUAUAUCGUGGAUUCUGAGUGUCUGGUUGAAAGUAUGGUGAUGGAAAACCAUGAGAUGAUUAUUGGUACACGACCGGAUAUACCGUUGGUUCAGAACCAACAAAUGGGAUUAAGACAUAAUCAGAAUUUGGUAAUCGGGCAGAAUCGAAAUAUGGGAUUUAUGCAUACCCAUAAGCACGAGAUAAAAGUAGUCGAGAAUGAUGAUCAAGAUAUACGUUUAGAACACGGCCAUGAUCAUGAUCAUGAAUUGUUACUAAAUCAUGGUAAUAAUGGAGAUGCGACUGAGUUUGAUGAUGAUAACGAGAAUGGAUUCAAUGAAAAUGAUGAAGAAAAUGAGGAUCUUGAUUCGGGUAUCGAUCAAGGACAAGUCAAAAACCAUGAUUCCCAGAUGGUUCUUUCUGAUCAAACUCACGAAUUAGGUUUAUCAGAUAACCGUGGUUUAGCCGUUGCGGAGAAUCAUGAUCUUGAUGAAAACUUAGAGCUUGUGGUGCACCAGCAUCCGCACCCUGAAAUGGGUGUGGUGCCAAUCUCGGUUCAACGGCCUGAGCUCGUGGUCACAACACCGGUGAUCCAAACCCGAACCUUAGCUCCUCCCCCGAACUACGAAUUGAUGGUUGGUCAAGAGUUUCCCGAUGUUACAAGCUGCCGUAGGGCGUUAAGGCACACCGCUAUAGCUCUUCACUUCGAGAUACAAACAGUUAAGUCUGAUAAAACCCGUUUUACCGCCAAAUGUGCUAGUGAAGGCUGCCCGUGGAGGAUCCAUGCCGCUAAGCUCCCCGGUGUACCCACCUUCACGAUUAGGACCAUCCAUGCCGAACAUACGUGUGGCGGUAUCGCGCACCUUGGUCAUCAACAGGCUUCGGUUCAAUGGGUUGCGAAUUCUGUCGAACAACGGCUUAAAGAAAAUCCACAAUGCAAACCGAAAGAGAUACUAGAAGAGAUUCAUCGUGUUCAUGGGAUCACGUUAUCAUACAAACAAGCAUGGAGAGGGAAAGAACGGAUCAUGGCAGCUCUUCGGGGAUCGUUUGAAGAAGAUUACCGUCUUUUGCCGCAGUACUGUGACCAAGUUCGACGCACGAAUCCCGACAGCAUUGCAUCCGUUUACGUGAAUCCUGCUGACAACUGUUUUCAACGUCUGUUUAUCUCAUUUCAGGCUUCGAUUUACGGGUUUUUGAAUGCGUGUAGACCGCUUCUUGGUCUCGAUAGAACUGUUUUGAAGAGCAAGUAUCUUGGGACCUUGCUUUUUGCUACGGGAUUUGAUGGAGAUGGCGCAUUGUUUCCUUUGGCUUUCGGAGUUGUUGAUGAAGAAAACAACGAAAACUGGAUGUGGUUUCUUUCCGAGCUGCAUAAUUUACUGGAAAUGAACACGGAGAACAUGCCGAGGCUUACAAUCUUGUCGGACAGACAGAAAAGUAUCGUUGACGGAGUCGAAGCCAACUUCCCGACCGCUUUUCAUGGCUUCUGUAUGCGCCAUCUUAGCGAGAGUUUCCGGAAAGAGUUUAAUAACACGAUGCUGGUCAACCUUCUAUGGGAUGCAGCUAAUGCACUUACGGUCAUGGAUUUUGAAACGAAAAUCCUCGAGAUUGAAGAGAUAUCCCAAGAAGCCGCUUAUUGGAUUCGGCGAGUUCCUGCUCGGCUAUGGGCUACGGCAUAUUUUGAAGGAACCCGGUUUGGCCACCUGACGGCUAACAUAAUCGAAUCUUUAAACGCUUGGAUUCUUGAAGCCUCCGGGCUUCCGAUAAUCCAAAUGAUGGAAUGUAUUCGUAGGCAACUAAUGACGUGGUUCAAUGAGCGGCGCGAAACGAGUAUGCAGUGGACUUCAAUACUCGUUCCGACUGCCGAGAGACGGGUUUCCGAGGCCAUCGAUCGUGCACGAACUUAUCAGGUUCUUCGAGCAAACGAGGCUGAAUUCGAGGUCAUUUCACACGAAGGAACCAAUAUCGUCGAUAUCAGAAACCGCUGCUGUUUGUGUAGAGGAUGGCAGCUUUACGGUCUCCCCUGUGCCCAUGCCGUGGCAGCUCUCCUCUCGUGCCGCCAGAACGUUCACCGGUUCACCGAGAGUUGUUUCACAGUGGCGGCUUAUCGGAAAGCAUACUCCCAAACAAUCCAUCCGGUCCCUGAUAAAAGCCUUUGGAAGGAAAUAUCAGAUUCAAUGGCAACAUCACAAGGCGAAGGUGGUGGUGGUGUGACCGAAAUAAUCAUUAACCCGCCAAAGUCCCUCCGGCCUCCAGGAAGACCACGAAAACGGAGAGUACGAUCGGAAGAUCGAGGACGGGUAAAGCGGGUCGUGCAUUGUAGCCGAUGCAAUCAAACGGGCCAUUUCCGGACGACGUGCUCGGCGCCGAUAUGAUCGAUAAGGAUCGGUAUGUGCAGAGAUUAGUAUUAUUAUGUGUUCAUUUGAUUUUGUUAAUAAGUUGAGAUGAAUGUGAGUUUUGAUUAAUUAUUUUACAUAAGUUUAUGGUUUAUUAGUUACAAGAGUAUAUAUAUAUAUACAUAUAGAUAUUGGUUAAACUUUGCAGCAUUGUAGGGAGUGUAGAUG